AUGGAUCGUUUAGAUUCCCCCAGCGACCGUUCCAAUCAAGGCUCGCCGCGCGCGACGCUGUCACCCUCGCCGCUUGCGAGGCCCGCCGCAAAGGGCUCCACUGCCGCGAAUGCCGGCCGCCCUGUGGCGCACACCAGAUCGGGGGAGUCACCGCGCGCGCCGCCCGCGGUGCAGUCGCUGCGCAAGGAGGGCCUACACGAGGGGUGGCACCGCCGCUCCGCGUCGCUCGGCAGCUCGCGCCUCGAGAUUGCCGACGACGACAUGGAGGACUUUCAAGAGGAGACCGAGAGCACGCACGACGAUCAUCGCGCGGACCGCGAUCACCGUGCGCACAGGGACCAUCGCGCGGACAGCGAACAUCGCGCGGAUCGGUGGCGACCGCCAAAGCAAGCCCCGCCCAGGCCAUCGCGGGCCUCUCCGCUUUCCGCCUCCCCGCUCUCCGCGUCUCCACUAUCCCUUUCCCCCCUCUCCAUCCGCCACUCGGACGCGGCCGGUAUGGGCUCCCCGCGCGCAUUGGGCUCUCCGCGCGCCGUCGGCUCUCCACGCGCAGUGGGCUCUCCGCGCGCCGUGGGCUCCCCCCGGUCCGUCGGCUCUCCGCGAUCCGUGGGCUCCCCGCGGUCCGCGCGGCUACGAGGCGCGGACAAGGCUUGGGACGCCGUGUCGCGGCAGGACUCGGUCCGCAGCACCGGCAGCCUUAAGGGCGAUCGAUCAUCGCACUCAGUUUCGGAAUUCAGCUCGUCAGGUCCGCGCCGCGUCAACAGCAUUGGCGGUGGGGGGACUGUCGCGCGCGUGCGCAGUGGCGGGGGAGGCCAUGAAGGGCCGGGGAACAAAGCGCUUUCUCCCCCUACCGGGUUCCCCCCGCGGCCCCGCGGGAUCAUGGUGAAAUCGUCUAGCCUAUCUGUAAGCUCGCUCGAUCAGCCGUAUCGACGGUCCGUGUCGUUCGAUCUCAAAGACGACGACGAGCCCGCGGGCUGCGUCCGAAGCGCGUCGAACCCCGCGCUGCUGCACGUGAGAGGCGAAACCGGCGCAGACGCGGGAAGGGCGGGGGGAAAGGCGGGCAAUGCUGGGCGCUCCGAGGAGGAUGUGGGGGAUGAUAGUUCCAGUAUAGACAGUCUCGAUUGGGAAGGGGAGGAGGAAGACGUGGGCGGAAGGGAGCAGGAGCAGGAGAAGCGCGGGCGGCUCUCUCACGCGGGGUUGACUCCGCGGGACUCUCCCGCGCAACCCUCUCUUCCGCGCAAUCGCUUUCCGCAACACCUCGGCGCGCCCCGCGCUGCUGGUUCCAGCCGCGGGGGUCCCGACGGCGCGACUGCGCCAGGCGGUGCGCGCGCCGCGCACCGGCGGUCGCUCUCCUCCCCCGCGCACGACCUUGCGCCGCUUCCCCUGAGUUCCGCGUCGGGGGAAGCGGUGGUGGCGGGAACAGUGCUGGCUCCACGUAGGCAGGCUAGGCACUCGGAUUACAGCGACGAGAGUGACAAUAGCGAGGGUGACGGUGACGGGGAGGGGGGUCAGGGGCGGCAGGUAGGCGCGCGGGGCAGGUCCGCUGGUGCGGGCGGAGCCAGUUGCGGGCAGGUCAGCGCAGCGGGGAAGGGCAGGGCGUUGGGGGGCGAGGGGCGGGGGGACAGGGGAGGGCAAGCGGGGGAAAGGGGCGCGGGGAGGGGCGGGGGAAAGGGAGGGACGACCAGUGGCCCAUCGUCCCACGAGCAACGAGUCAGGCAGCCUGUGAGAGGCGGGGAAAGGCGAGCGGGAGGGGGUGUUGGCGGAGAAGCGGAAGAGGGGAGCGUUGUGACUGUUGGGGGGAGCGGGGGGGCGAUGGGGCAACCGUUUGUGAUGCAGUUUAAGGUCGCGGGGGUGCUGAGUGGGGAGGAGGACGAGGAGGAGGAGGAGGAUGAGCAAUAUGAGUUCGAGGAGCAGGAAGAAUCAAGAGAUUUAGAGGUUGAGGGGGGAAAUAGGGGAGCGGGGAUAAGGAGCACGGGGGAGAGAGCAGCGGGCGCGCGUGCAAGGGGAGGAGCGCCUGUGAAGGCAGCAGUGGGGGCGGGGCGCGCAGAGGGGUGGAGUGCGCGGGAGGAACGUGCACGGGUGCUGGCAAGCGACAGUGAGGACGCGAGUGACGAAGAGGAGGCGGGAAGGGGGGGGAGAGGAGGCAUUGCUGCUGGUGCUGUCGGUGCUGCUGCUGCCGGUGCUGGCAUAACUGGUGGUGGUGGUGGUGGUGGUGGUGGUGGUGGUGGUGGUGGUGGUGGUGGUGGUGGUGGUGGUGGUGGUGGUGGUGGUGGUGGUGGUGGUGGUGGUGGUGGUGGUGGUGGUGGUGGUGGUGGUGGUGGUGGUGGUGGUGGUGGUGGUGGUGGUGGUGGUGGUGGUGCUGGUGCUGGUGGUGCUUGCAGUGAUCUGAGUGACAGCGAGGAGGAGGAGGAAGAGGAGCUGCUGCAGCUGGCACGGGAACGGCAGCGGCUGCUGCAGGCGAAGCUCGGGCAGCAGAACCCCACGGCUUUGCGAGAGAACGGGCUGCCCGAGAAAAAUGUUGGGGGGGUAAGCAGGCAGGGAGUAGCAGGCAGGGGAAGGGACGGGGAUGGGACAUUGAGAGAGGGGAAAAGCCGGGCGGAAGUGACGAGUGUGUCAGGGGAGAGAGCAGCAGAGGAGGAUGAUGAUGGGCUGGAGAGAGAGUGGGAGUGGGAGUGGUCUCGUGUGAGGCAGAACCAACGAGUCACUGAGCUUAGGGCGGCCCCACAGGGGGUUUUCUUCAAGAGUGCUUCUGUUGGGGGUGCUGCUGCUGUGGUCAGCAGACCAUUAAAGGGUGCGGCAGCGGCAGAGGCAGAGGAGGAGGUGGAAGAGGAGGAGGAGGAUGAGGAGGAGUGGGAGGAGAGUCCUGAGCAUGCACCCAGGGCGUAUUCACUGCCCCGUGUGGGUGGGUCGGCAGACCCCCGGCUUCUUGGAUUCGUGAAGUCGCAGUCUUUGUCUACUAGCGGCCGCCCGACUACCGCUGACUCAGCAGCGGUUACCAGACGAAGCCGGUACCUGAGGGGAGCAGAGGGGCAGCAGCAGCAACAGCAGCAGCAGCAACAGAGACCCCCUCCUUGGAGACAACCCCAUGGGAUGGGCAGAGAGAGGGAUGUGGGGGAGGGGCAAGGGCGGGCAGUGGGGCAAGACGCGGGGAGGGACGGGGGGAGGGAGGUUGGGAGGGACGGGGACGCAGGAGCAGCAGUGCGACAGGGAGCAGCAGCAGCAGGGGGCAGAAGGGCAGUGGGAGGGGAAGGACUAGCAGCGGGCGAGGGUGGGGGAAAAGUGGGGGCUGUGCGGGCUCGUGCAGUGCAGCAGCUGCGCACAGAGGGAGGGGGGGAAGGGGUGAGGGGCGGGGGAGGGGGAGGGGGAGGGGGAGGAGGUGGAAGGGGGAGGCACAGGAGAACAAGCUCUGACCCAGAGAUAGGGGCAGCAGUAUUGGCACGGAGAGGGGUGGGUGUGGGGAGGAGUGGUCUGGCUGCGAGCCGAGCAGGGGAGAGGGCAGGGGAGGGAGGCGGGCUUGGGAGAGAGAGUGGAGUGCAAGGGAGAGCGAGGGGGUCUGAAGGGGUGGAGAGGGGUGGAGAGCGGCGAGGUCAGGAUGGAAGAGCGAGAGUGGAGGGAUCAGCGAGAGUGGAAGCAGGGGGGGGUCAGUUGAAUGGGGAAGAGGUGGCUGCUGUUCAGGAGCCCGCUUUGGAGAGAGAGCUCACUUCAAAUGUUUCUGCCUCCCUCCUCCCUGCUUCCCCCCUCCCUCCUCCUUGCUUUCUCCCUCCCUCCUCCCUGCUUUCCCCCUCCCUCCUCCCUGCUUCCCCCCUCCAUCCCCCCUGCUUCCACCCUCCCUCCGCCCUGCUCCCCCCCUCCCUCCGUCCUGCUUCCCCCUCCCUCCGUCCUGCUUCCCCCCUCCCUCUGCCAUGCUUCCCCCCUCCCUCUGCCAUGCUUCCCCCCUCCCUCUGCCCUGCUUCCCCCCUCCCUCUGCCAUGCUUCCCCCCUCCGUCUGCCAUGCUUCCCCCCUCCCUCUGUCCUGCUUCCCCCCUCCUUCUGCCAUGCUUCCCCCCUCCCUCCGCCCUGCUUCCCCACUCCCUCCGCUCUGCUUCCCCCCUCCCUCAGCCCUGCUUUCCCCCUCCCUCUGCCCUGCUUCCCCCCUCCUUCUGCCAUGCUUCCCCCCUCCCUCUGCCCUGCUUCCCCCCUCCUUCUGCCAUGCUUGCCCCCUCCCUCUGCCCUGCUUCCCCCCUCCCUCCGCCCUGCUUCCCCCCUCCCCCUGCCCUGCUUCCCCCCUCCUUCUGCCAUGCUUCCCCCCUCCCUCUGCGCUGCUUCCCUACUCCCUCCGCCCUGCUUUCCUCCUCCCUGUGCCCUGCUCCCUUUCUGGAUUGGUAA